ACACCCAAUAAAGCAUUGAAGCUUUUUACCAACUUUUUUUUUUCUCUCUUACUUCCACUCUCAGUUUUCCUCAAGCAACAGCGGAAGAGGCGGCGGCUAGUAAGAUCAAUAGAAAUUUUAUUGGGAUUUGCACAACUUGAAAAGCUAAAGGACAACCAAAGACAAUAGUGCUCAUGUCAUUUCAUUUAGUCACAAGACCCCUCUUUCACUGGCUAUACCCAGAUUAUUGAGACUGUCCCUGGCCUGGAGCAGCUCAUUGGACAAGUAUAGCAAUUUCUGCUUCAAGUUUAUGAAAAUUCUGCCCCUCAAAUCACCUAGCACAAAAACAAACAAAUAGAAUGAGAUUAAAAUGAAAUGUACCAUGGCUCAGACUGCAGAAGAUACAACAGCAAAGACUGGUGCUUACAUUCGCCCUCCAUCAGCAUUCCGCAAUUUUAUUUCAAGAGAUCAAGGAUCAGCCUUUCUGCCUGAGUCUGGAAGAUAUCACUUAUAUAUAUCUUAUGCUUGUCCUUGGGCAUGUAGAUGCCUUUCUUUCUUGAAGCUUAAAGGGCUUGAAAAGGCGAUCAGUUUCUCGUCUGUCAAAACCAAAUGGGAAAGAACAAAAGAAGGUGAUUCACAUAUGGGAUGGGUUUUUCCCAACUCUGAUACUGAAGAACCAGGUGCUGAGCCGGACCCUUUGAAUAGUGUAAAGACUAUCAGACAUCUUUAUGAGCUUGCAAGUGCUAAUUACUCUGGCAAAUAUACAGUUCCUGUUGUUUGGGACAAGAAACUUCACACAAUUGUAAGCAAUGAGAGCUCAGAGAUUAUUCGCAUGUUAAACUCUGAGUUCAAUGAUGUAGCUGAGAAUAGGAAUUUGGACCUUUAUCCCCAUCACUUGCGAACUCAAAUUGAUGAGGUUAAUGAAUGGAUAUAUGAUAAGAUCAACAAUGGUGUCUACAGAUGUGGAUUCGCCACUAAACAAGAACCAUAUGAUCAGGUUGUUGAUGGACUAUACGAAGCGCUGGGAAAAUGUGAAGAGAUACUUUUUACACAGAGAUAUCUAUGUGGAAGCUCGCUAACUGAAGCAGAUAUUUGUUUAUUUGUUACACUAAUACGGUUUGAUGAGGUGUAUGCUGUUUACUUCAAAUGCAACAAGAAACUGAUCCGCGAGUAUCCAAACUUGUUCAAUUACACUAAAGAUAUCUUCCAAAUUCCUGGCAUGAGCAGCACAGUGAAGAUGGAUCACAUCAAGAAGCACUAUUAUGGAAGUCAUCCUUCCCUUAAUCCUUACGGGAUCAUUCCUCGUGGCCCAAAUAUCGACUUCUCUUCUCCCCAUGAUAGAGAAAGGUUUUCUUCUUAGUGCUGCUGACAAAACUGUUCGAAUUAUUGUCAUAAAAAAAGUGUCUUUUGCUUGGCAUGUAGGCCUUAGAUGGUUGGCCUUCCUGUAUUUGUUACUUAAUGUGGGAUUUCUCUUGCUCAUGUAAGAUGCAUAUUCUAGUGUGUCAUAUAUAGUUGUUGUUUCGGGUGAAAA